CCUGCUCUCAGUCGGAGCGGAGCGGCUGGCGGAGCGCAGCGCAUCGCCAGGUCAGCCAUGUCAUCCGAGCCGCCUCCACCAGCACAGCCCCCCACCCACCAGGCUUCAGUCGGGCUGCUGGACACCCAACAGGCCCGAAAUCGCUCACCAUCCCCUCUGCGGGGCAACGUGGUCCCGAGCCCGCUGCCCACUCGCCGGACGAGGACCUUCUCAGCGACGGUGCGGGCUUCACAGGGCCCCGUCUACAAAGGAGUCUGCAAAUGCUUCUGUCGAUCCAAGGGCCACGGCUUCAUCACCCCGGCCGACGGCGGCCCAGACAUCUUCCUGCACAUCUCCGACGUGGAAGGGGAGUACGUGCCAGUGGAAGGCGAUGAGGUCACCUAUAAGAUGUGCUCCAUCCCGCCCAAGAACGAGAAGCUGCAGGCCGUGGAGGUGGUCAUCACCCACCUGGCGCCGGGCACCAAGCACGAGACCUGGUCCGGCCACGUGGUCAGCUCCUAGGAGAGGCGGAAGCACCCCUCCUCCCCUGCUUGCGGGAGACUCUGGAGGGAGGAGGCCCAGACCCGAGAUGACUUUCUGCCGCUUGAAACGGGCCUUCAAAGGGGGGAGCACGGCCCCUUUCAAGUGCGUCCUGGAGGAGGGGGUGUGGGGGGGCAGGCACGGGGGUACCGUCGGCCACCAGCACAGCCUCUCACCAUCGCCAGGACCUCUCACCAUCUGAAAAGCAUUAAAAGCAUUGAAAAAGGAGAGGCGCCAGCUGGUGGCUGAGUGGAGGGUCCAACCGCAGCCCAGGGGGUAGGUCAGGUGGUAUUCCCCAGCCCACGGAGUCCUUUGUCCCCGCAAAGCUCAAAGUCCCCAGAUCCAGCCCCCUGGGAGGUGACAUGGGCCCCGCGUGUUUCCCCAGGAUGAAUUCCCGCCCACGCGCGCACCCUUAUUGUGUCUCUCCUGGGCCCUGGGCAGAGCAGGCUUUUCUGAUUCUCGGCUUGGUUGGUUCUAGGGGAGCUGGUUUGAGGGGGGCAGGGGUGGGGAAAGCUGGGGGUCUUUGGUGCCUUUGCUGCGGGAGGUGUCACAGCCCCGAGCCCUCUACCUGGCAAUGCUGUGCUGUGCUUAGAGCUGAAUUCUCUUUCAGAUGCCUGGUCUUUUCUGUCUUUCUGCAAGUUGUCACCAUUGCUGUCUCGGCAGCCAUUCACAUCCCCUUCACUUAGGCGGUGGG